AUGUCGUUCGGCGGCGGAUUCGGCUCGAACAACGCCUUCGGCCAGAAUAAUCAGCAGCAAAGCACUGGCUUUGGCGGCUCAGGAUUUGGAACAGGUACUACUGGAGGAUUCGGAAGUAACACGACUCCCUUCGGUGCUGCCAAUACCGGGACUGGGGGAAGUGUUUUCGGGAACAACAAUACAUCAGGCGGCUUUGGCUCCAGUGGAGGUUUCGGUUCUAACCAAACACAAACAAACUCCCUUUUCGGUGGCAACAAACCAAGCGGUUUUGGUACUGCGACCACUGGUGGAGGUCUCUUCGGUAGCAAUACCGCCACAACGAGUGGUUUCGGGUCGGGAGGCUUUGGGUCCACUAAUACAGGCACUACAGGCGCGUUUGGCGGCAAUACCGGCACAGGAAACACUCUUUUCGGAGCAAACAAACCGGCAACAGGUUUUGGCUCUACUACCACCGCUACUGGUACUGGAGGCUUCGGUACUGGAGGCGGUUUUGGCUCGACGACAAACAAUGCUUUUAGUGGAACUGGCAGCGCCUUUUCUGGGCAGGUACCACCCACUGAUGGAACAGCUAGCACUCCUUUCAACCCAUUCACGGAGAAGGACGCAAAUUCGACCACAAGCAGUGUCUACCAGAGCAUUUCAUAUAUGCAACCUUAUCAGCGCUACUCCUUUGAAGAACUCCGCUUAGCAGAUUAUCAAGCCGGUCGUCGUUUUGCCAAUGCAAGUGGUCAGCCAGGCGCUUUUGGUGCUCCUGCAUUCGGUGGCUCGGGCUUCAAUCAACCAGCUACCGGAGGCUUUGGAACUGGUGGCGGUUUCGGUACAGCCGCCACAAGUGCGCCGGCAUUUGGCGCCCAGACGCAGACUACUGGUGGAUUUGGUGCUAAUACAAGCACUACAAAUUCUCUCUUUGGAGCGAACAAGCCAGCGACUUCUCUCUUCGGGAACAAUACCACCACUGCCACUUCUCAGCCCAGUCUCUUUGGAGGAAAUACGGCUACUUCAGGUGGUUUUGGAACCAACACCACUAAUACCACCGCAGGUUUCGGAGGAGGCUCUUUGUUCGGAAAUAACCAGCAACAGCAACAAAAGCCUGGUGGCUUGUUCGGAAGCACCACCACUACGACUGGGUUUGGAAGUACUCCUGGCUUUGGAACAAAUACAAAUACCACUACUACAACCACUCCUUUCGGAGGAGGUACAACCAAUACAGGCUUUGGAAAUGCGCAGCAAACGGGAACGACCACCUCCGCCUUUGGCGGUGGAUUUGGUCAACAACAGAAUCAGAACCAGGCUAAACCAGGGGGUCUCUUCGGAACCCCUCAACAACAACAACAAGGAGGAGGCUUGUUCGGCAAUACAAGUACGGGCUCGUCACUCUUUGGAAAUAAUCAACAACAACAGCAGCCACAAGGUACAACGUCACUCUUCGGAGGUCAAGCUCAACAGACGGGAACCGGCCUGUUUGGUGCUCAACAACAACAAGAACAAAAACCCGGAGGUCUGUUUGGCGGUAUGGGCACUAAUACGUCAACUACUGGCGGUACUGCUUUUGGUGGCUUAGGUGCCAAUCAACCCGCUCAAACUGGCACGACUACCAGCCUGUUUGGAAAUACUCAGACCCAGCAGCAACAGAAACCCGGAGGCCUAUUUGGAAAUACCGGUGGUUCGUCCUUGUUUGGUGGAAAUACAACCACGAACCAAACGACUGGGUCUCUCUUUGGAGGUCAGACACAGCAACAGCAGCCAACAGCUGGGUUUGGUACAGGAAGCCUGUUUUCUUCAAAUCAGCAAAACCAGCAACAACAGCCAGUCCAACAACAGAUACAACAGCCGGCCCCCGGAAGCUUCCAAGCUUCGCUUCUUGACAGCAAUCCUUACGGCAAUCAAUCCAUCUUCUCAGGAUUACCUGGCCCCAGCGUGCCUAGUCCCGGUCCUCUCGCAACUCCUCUAUCAGCCAGUAUGAGGCAGAAGCAGCGCACACCCCUUCCAGUCUACAAGAUCACCCCUAAUGCUGCCAAUCGUCUCAUCACUCCUCCUCGACGCCAAGGAUAUGGCUUCUCUUACUCCACGUAUGGAAGUCCUGCCAGUGCUGGAAGCGUUUCUAGUUUCAGCGGAAGCCUGCUUGGCAGCAGCAGCCUCCGUGGAGGUGCUGUCAAUGGCAGCUUUGGGCGUAGCUUUGGAAAGAGCUUUUCUACUAGCAACCUUCGCAAGUCAUUUGAUCCCGAUAACGACAGUGUCCUGGCUCCAGGUGCUCUUACUGGCUCCGCUUCUCGCUACUCCAGUGGCAGCUUGAAGCGACUAACCAUUGAUCGAAGCUUGAGGAACGAUCUUUUCCAGCGCCCAUCUGUCUCUCCAGCGGCAAUCACCAAUGGCGAUGAUGCAGGUCAAUCCCCCAACAAGCUCAAAAAACGUGUUAGUUUUGAUCAGCCGACAAAUGGAGCUCUGGUUCGCGCUGAGACCGAAAGCCCCGAACCUACUGCUGAAGAACUUGGCUUCUUGCGCUCCAUUCGCAAACCUGACCACGUCAAUGGCACGAACGGAUCCGCUUUGAGCAGGGCUGGCAAGAAACCGGAAAUGGAACAAGCUCGUGGCAGUGAACUACCUGUGGUACCCGAGAAUACCGACCUGACAACAAACGGUGUCUCUCCCACUGACCGCACCAUCGAUCCUCGGCCUGGCGAAUACUGGAUGAAGCCUUCUCGAGCCGAACUGAGCAAGAUGUCCCGAGACCAACUCAAGCAGGUUGAAGGAUUCACUGUCGGUCGGCAAAAAUGUGGUCAAGUUACGUUCGAUCACCCAGUUGACCUUACUACUGUCGAUCUCGACAACGUUCUUGGUGGUAUUGUGCAAAUUACCGUUCGCUCCAUCACUGUCUACCCAGAUGAAGCGACGAAGCCUCCCCGUGGCAAAGGAUUGAAUGUUCCUUCGACUCUACGGAUUGAGAACUCCUGGCCCCGUGGCAAGGACCGCAAAACAUCCUCCGAUAUUGUCAGCGGCCCACUUUACGAAAAGCACAUUGACCGCCUCAGGAAGGUGACGAACACGGAGUUCUUGGCCUAUGAGAAAGCGACCGGUACUUGGGUGUUCCGUGUCCCUCAUUUUACCACAUAUGGUCUUGACUAUGAAGACGAAGAAGGUGAGAGCCUCAAUCAAAGCACAUUGAGUGCUGGCCCUGACACUCCGACUCCGAAGGUUCGGCAAGACGCAGAAGAUCGAACCGCCGAAACCACUGUUAACUCCGAAUUCGAUUCGACGAUUUCGUUUGAUGAUUCAAUUGCCGACGACACAUUUGAUUUCAAGAAGCGUAAAUUAGUACCGGGCGCUUUUGGAAACCAAGAAGAAGGCAUCGACGAUGAUGAGAUGAGUGUGGGGGAAGAAGAUGACGAUGGAUCUACAGUUGAGAAUGAUAUGACUGGCUCGGUUUCAUUGCAAGAUGUUGACGACGAUGUUACUGAGAGUAUUGCUUCUGAUGUAUCAAUUGAUGAUGGAGAUAUGGAGAUGGCGGGCUCUUUUCCUGUACCUCAUGGCGAUAUGGAGUCUGAGGCUACGACCAAUGUUGUACAUCGCUCCUCGCAUUGGGGCACCCCUUCGAAGCCAAGCCUUGACCUUAGUGGUGACUGGGCUGAUCAGCUACAACGAACCAUCAGCCCUCGAAAACAGAACCGUGACUUGUUGCGAGAGACGCAAGCCGAUGCUUUUGUUGACCGAAACUCGCCAGAAAAGAAAAUACCAGAAUUUCGCCCAACUGCCGUUAACAAAUCGAAGUCUAUCAAUAACAGUAUCGAUUUGAUGAACUCGCUCUUUGCGCAGAAGAGUGCCCGAGUGGGAUCACCAGGCAAGAGGCAGAAAGGACAAUUGAAGGCUUUUGAGUUGUCUCACACGAAAACGCCAAAGACUUUUGCAAGCAGCUCUUUCGAACUGUCGCCCAAGGAAGUCGCUUUUCAUCGUACUCGCAAGCCUCGUUGGAGCAAUAAGGACGCCUUCGUGAAGAUCAACGAUAACUACGAGACCGAACAAGUUUCGGAUCAGCCAUGGUCGACUGGGAUCUCUUUGGGUGACAUCGAUGUGCUUGCUUUCGCAAAAGCGCCAGAGUCGGUCGAUAUUUUAGAGGCGCAGCGUCGUCAGUCGUCGAUUCGUCAGAUUGACAGCGCACCAUUUGCUCGUAUCAACAAAUUUGAUUUCCGAUCAUUCGCGCAAUCCUCUACAGGGUCUGAGCAAUAUGUGUGGCUACUCGUUAAUGUCCUCUUUAACGACGAGAUCGAAGAUGAUAUUUCUGCUGGUGUUCCACCACAGCUUCGCAAGAACUACUUGCACCGCAUCAAGAAAGACCGUCUCAGCCGUCUCUGGGAAUACAUCGUUCGAGAGAAGCAUGGCGAUGAUUUGGGAAAGCUUACAACCCCGGAAGAGAUAGCCAUUGCUUAUCUUACCCAACAUCGUGUUGAAGAUGCCUGCAAGAUUCUCAUGGAUGGCGGAGAUCUCCACCUCUCGACCAUGCUUGCGCAGAUUGGUCGGGACAAGGUGAUUCGAAGCAACAUGCAAGAACAAGUUGAAUCAUGGCGUCAACACAAUGUCUAUUCCGAAUUCAGCGAGCCUAUUCGUGCUUUGUACGAACUACUUGCAGGUAAUGCUCUCAGGUCGGUUGGUCGUUCCUCGGGCGCUCCUGAGGAUCGCGUAUCGACUUUCACACUCUCAGAGCGGUUCGAACUGGAUUGGAUUCAAGCUUUUGGCCUGCGGUUAUGGUACGGCAUCGCAGAAGACGAACCUCUUGAAGUUGCUGUUGCACGUUUCCUAGAUGACAUCACGACAGGUGACGAACCAGCAUUCCCAUUCCCGGAGCACUUGGAAAAGGAAUUUACUGGCGUGCGUCAAACUGCCAAGUCCUCUUUCUUGGAGUCUCCUCUUUGGGUUGUAUUGAAAGUCUACGCUGCUACGAUAUCAAAGAACGUGGCCCCUGAUCUGAAAGUCAAUAUCCCUGAUGCGAUAUCACCGGAAGCUGUGUCUGGUAGUCGUCUGUCCAGCCGUUUGUCAUUCCAGUUACAUCAAGCACUUGCCACCAUAGUCGGUCAGAAUGACAGAGUCACGAUCGAUAAAGCUCGAACUGAUCAAUUGACCUGGAGCUAUGCAUCCGAAUUGGUUGCUUCCAAUGCAAUGGAGCCAGCUUUUUUUGUUAUGCUUCACUUGUCGCGACCCAGUGAUAGAGAACAUGCCAUUAAAGAAACUCUUGGCCAAUUCGCACCUACUUUGCCAACUCCAUUGUCGGAAGAUGGCAAACCCGAUCGCGUGUGGAACUACCUUUCUCAAGCGUUGCAAUUACCCGAAUCAUGGAUCUGGGUUGCCAAGGGACUGUAUGCCAGAUACAGUGGCGACUUUGCCAAUGAAGUGGGCUAUCUUAUUCGCGCAAAGAACUGGAAUGAGGCACAUUCGACAUUCUGCCGUAUCGUUGGACCGCGAACAAUCAUCGAACGCGAUUGGAGCAUUUUGUCUCAACUGCUGAACGGAUUUGGCGAAUCACCAGAUCGAAAGGUGCGCGGAUGGAGCAGUGGUGGUGCAGUUUAUGAAGACUACCUGCGGCUCAUUACUGCGCAGGGACCACUUGAUCCGACUGUGUUGAAACGUUUGAUUGGAUCGUUGAGCUUCAUGGGCGAGAAGAUUAAACAGACUUCUGGUGUGGAGGGUUUGGAGGAACGGGUUGCUUUUAUGGAGAUGAGUCGCGUUGUGGCUGGUUGGGGUGCACGGGAAGAUGGCAUUGACUUGUCUGCUAUUCUCAAGUUGCCUUUGACGGGUGAUGCUAGGGUGAGGCAUACUGCAGAGAUUGGUCGUCGUUACUACAGUCGGGUCAUGGCUACUGCUCAUUAGUCGUCGGCUCACGAAAGGGGGUGUGUCGUUUUCUACGUGUCUCUUGCAUACGUGAUGUGUUUGUUUUGGAAUCAUUAAGCGUUUUUGUCAUGAUCAGGAGAGAAAAGGUGUAUUAUAGAAAAUGAUUAACCUAAUUACAAUGUUUCUAUCAAGC